CCAUUGUGCGCCUGUGCUACAUCGCCUUCACCCUUGAAAUUUGGACACGCAGAAGAGGUCAUUGAAGCGUGCGCAAGACGGUCAUUGAUCACACCGAGGACACGACAGCAUCGAUGUCAAGCGGGGUGGUCGCGUGUUCCACGACCAUGUUGAUGCCCGAGCGGAUGCAGCAGGGCAUACAGAAGACAGGUAAUGUUGGACAAGUACGAGGGCCCGCAUACGACUGGUCAUGCAAGAGCAGCGCCAUUCUGGACUCGCGACCGCACAGAGCCGAGGUAUCACUCAUCCCGGCCAUCGAAAGAACUGCAGCUACAUACAGAUCCUGCCCAGCGCUAUUCGCUGGUACUGGACUGGAUUGCGACAUUGGCCCCGCGUUCGUUUUCCUCUGUUCAGAACCCUGCGCAGCCUCGAUCCCACGUUCAAAGCUAUGCGGUUGUCGGUGAGCCUUCUUUGGACGGGCCCCGGAUCAUGCGCGUCGUUCCCAGCGCCAGUCGGACGUGGAGGCGCACGUUAGUCGUCUUGACACCUGGAGGUCGGCGGUGCGCCCUGCGGACUCGCCUCCCUACGCCGAAUCUCGC